AUGGAAGAACUUACCGCUUUUGUUUCCAAGUCGUUUGAUCAGAAAGUGAAAGAGAAAAAGGAGCUCAUCACGUACAGGGAGGUUCUGGAAAGCGGACCUGUCAGGGCAGCCAAGGAGUCAGGAGGCUCCAGCGAGCCCAGCCGGGAGGACGGCAGCAGCCCGGCGGCCCGGGGAGCUGAAGGCGGCGGCGGCUGCGCAGGUGGGCGAUCGCCGGUCCGAGAACUGGACAUGGGCGCCGUCGACAGGACCAGGGACGCGGGCACUCCCAAACUCAGCGAAGGUGAAGAGCCCUUCUCUGCCAGGAGGGUCGCUGGGGGGUGGAUGGGGGCGGGAAUUAUAUUUGAAUACCUGCUUUCCCCAGAGCUGAAGGACCGCAAAGAGGAUGCCAAAGUGAUGGAAGACGAAGGACAGACGAAGAUCAAGCAGAGGAGAAGCCGGACCAAUUUCACCCUGGAGCAGCUGAACGAGCUGGAAAGGCUGUUCGACGAGACCCAUUAUCCGGAUGCUUUCAUGAGAGAGGAACUCAGCCAGAGGCUGGGCUUGUCCGAAGCUCGAGUGCAGGUAUGGUUUCAGAACAGAAGAGCUAAAUGCAGAAAGCAAGAAAAUCAACUCCAUAAAGGAGUCCUCAUAGGAGCAGCCAGUCAGUUUGAAGCGUGCCGGGUGGCCCCCUACGUGAACGUGGGCGCGUUGCGGAUGCCUUUCCAGCAGGAUAGUCAUUGCAACGUGACGCCCUUGUCCUUUCAGGUGCAGGCGCAGCUGCAGCUGGACAGCGCCGUGGCGCACGCGCACCACCAUCUCCACCCGCACCUGGCCGCGCACGCGCCCUACAUGAUGUUCCCGGCGCCGCCCUUCGGCCUGCCCUUGGCCACGCUGGCCGCCGAGUCAGCGUCGGCCGCUUCGGUGGUGGCUGCAGCCGCGGCGGCCAAGACCACCAGCAAGAACUCGAGCAUUGCGGACCUCAGACUCAAAGCCAAAAAGCACGCGGCUGCUCUAGGCCUGUGACUCUUUCUCCCUCCUGGGCACGUUGCAAUUCCACCGCAAGCCGAGCGACCCACCGGCGGGGGUCCGGGGGAGGCUCUGGGGCUCUUUGGAGGAGGAUUCCCCCCCCUCUGAGACUUCCUUCCUCCUCCCCUGCGACCCAUCCUAAACAGAGGCCGAUCUUAACUCACCCAGAGAGGGAAGGUCCUUUAUUUUUCUUUUGGUCCUGAGCGACUUAAAAUGUGAAAGACAAAAUAAAUGAACUCCGGGGAAGGAAAACCCACCACGAGGUGUUCACUGGAACGAAAAAGCGAUAGAAGACGAAGGCGAUGAAGCCAGGAGAGAAAGAAAACAAAUUUGAUCUUUUUUUCUUUUAAUGGAAAGAGGGAACCCCUCCUCCUGCUGCUAAUAAUAAUAAUACUAAGGAGAAGAAGAAAGAGAACUGACUCAGAAACUGGCAGGAAGACACAUAUACGCUUAUUUAAAGAAUUAGAUGAAAUAGACACGCAGCUGGGAAGUUCACAGGUUUUGAAACUGAUCUUUUUCUGCGAAGUUCACUUUAAUACGAGAAAUUUGAUAAGCGAGGCGGGCCUCCUUUUACGUUGCAUCAGAUCCUUGAGUUUUAACAGCCGCAGUCUAGAAACGGAGAUGAGAAGGAAAAAAGAAUUUAAAAAUGGGGAAGAGGGGGGAGGAGGAUCUUUUUUUAAAAAAAAAAAUGUGAGUGUGUGAGAGAGAAACAGACGAUUAUUUCUCUGCCAAUUUCUAAUGAAAAACUGAUCGGGAUACCUUCUGUUAGUAGAGUUCCGGGUCUGCGUGUUUUUGUUUGCUUUUUGUGUUUCAUCUCUUCUUGGCGUCCCUUCGGAUAAUUUGCACUUCACUGCAAUCAGACCAACAAAAUCAACAUAUGAAAUAAAGUCGAUUCGUUAAAUUUGGGCUUUCCCCCAGAUUGAGGGAGAUGUAUACCCAAGGCCCUAAUUCAGAGAAACCUACGCUCAGACCCCUGUGCAUAGCUGAGCGCGUCCAAACCCACCCAGAUCAAUGAGGUCAGGUGCCCCUAUCCUUAGACGGAAUUGCAGCCUUAGUAGCAUUUAAGGCUGCCAUCCUUUGCGUCCUUACAUGAGACUUUAAACAGUAUGGUGAUUUAAUUUCAAGCAAACGCAUGUCACCUAGGACCUGUGGAUUUUUCUCUCCUCUUCUCCUACAAAAACUCCCCCCUUUUGGGGAGGGGGAACUCACCAUUCAGCCUGAUGAGGUCUGGAGAAUCCGAAGGCUUGCUCAUGACUUUGUGACAAGUCGGUUGGUCCUAAGAAAUAUAUUGUCAUUCUGUAGAUCUUGAAUCCCCCCCUUAAUGAAGCAACAUGGCUGUCUCUAUUUCCAACGCCAAGCAGAGGCCCCACCUCAGUUUAAAAUCAAUAUAGUCGCGACUCACAUGAAUUCUAUUGAUUUCAAUGGGACUGGUGCGCGACUGUAUUGGGAUGGGGGCUCCAGCUUGUGAGGCUGUCUGAUUUCCAAACCUAACCAGGGCUGAAGCAAAUAACCUUCCCUUCUUUUAUUUUUCACUCCCUCGACGAUUAAGAUUGUAUCGCACCCGCGACCAAUCACGUCCCAAUAAUGAUAACAGGAAGGAUACGGAGUCCAUAUUUAGUUGGGCUGCAAUAACUCGUGACUUGACAGCUCUGUCAAAACCUUGCAUCUGAUCUCAUGAA